GAGUUUAUGGAUGGAAUCCGGAAGGAGCUGGAAAUGAGAAAAGUGUAUCGCUAUGGAGAUAAUAUAACUUUCGAGUGUGAAGAUGGGUAUACUCUGAAAGGCAGUCCCCAGAGCCAAUGCCAGGCAGAUGACACAUGGAACCCUCCUCUGGCUAUAUGUACAUCUAGUAAAUGGAGCUGCAAGAAAUGCACAAGUGAUGCUCUCAUAGUCGGUAUUUUCUUUGGCGUGAUCUUCUUCCUUUCAUCCAUGAUGGUUUCCGGUUGGAUAAUUGUAAAGCACAAAAAAGGCAAUAUCACAGAUGAGAAACCUAAAGAGAUGAUCCACUUACAUCCUCUAGAAGACAGCAGUGUAAGGCCUCAAACUCUGCAAACAGAUCGGGAAAACAGCAGUGCCCUUCCUUGACAAAGUACUAUAGAGCUGGAAACACCUCGGAUCACAAUGUUGCUGGAAAGGAGCCAAUUCAACAGAGUAAGAUGUGAGACUCAUAAAAUCUUGGAAGUGACCUCAUUGAGACGCAGACAUGUGCACGUGAAGACGCUGCCGGGCUCCCAGGAGCUAGUAAAAGCUCCCUCCUCUUAGCUUGGAUUACUGUCACUCCUUGUGCUUUCUCCUUCUGCUGAACGCACACAUCAUCAAGUUGGGGGAAAAGACUGCACUUAGGGUAUAUAAAUAGUCUCAAUUACUUAAAGGAAGAAGGUGGCACUUCGGAUUUCUGUUUACAAGUUUGUUAUUCGCCUUGUAUGUAAUUCACCUAUGUAUGGAAUGGGCUCAUUAAUGAGAAGAUCAAAAUCCAGGAGGAAGAUGUGAAAAACUAAGUCACAUACAAUUAUACUACUCAGUGAUAACCACUGUUAAUAUUUUGAUUCAUUUUCUGCUAAGCUUUCUUCAUAUAUGUUUGUUUCUUUAUACACACAUGUCUUUCUUAGUAACUUUUUCUUCUGUAGAACAAAAUCUCCUAUUAGAUCAGAGUAAAAUAUAGAGAAAUCAGUUUUUACUUUCUCUAGGAAAAAAAGUAUCUUCUGUUUAUUGUAUGUGCUGCUGAAGCGAGCACAGCAUUUUCUGUUUAUUAAAAAGGCGUUAAAUGAAUCCGAGGAACAGGUUUUCAAGAGAAACAUCUUAACCAAUGAGCUUUGGAUAUUUCCUAAGUUCUAUUUCAAAAGCAAUUUGUACUGUGUGUAUAAAAACAUACUAUUUUAAAUGAAAGACUAAUUUUAUUAUAAAAGCAAGUGACUUUUUGUAUAGAUUCAGAAGACACCAAAUAAACUAAGAAACCAUGACUUUUAAGAAUUGCAGAAUUAAUGUACAGGUCUAUAAAUAAGUGAUCCUGGAGUCCAUAACUGGUCCACAUGCUUACAGAUCAACAAUUUAUUUGGUAUGAUAACAUGGGCCAUGCUAACAAUCUAGAAAAUACCAGAAUCUUUCUGGAUAUUUAACAACAGAUUUGCAUAUGACGACCGCUAACUACUGUGUAAUUCUGGGUUUUAAGUUGCUUUUAGAGUAUAUUCUGCCACAUUUACCUAGAUAAAUAAAUAUAAAGAGUGAACUGGACAUCAACUUGAACUUUCUUUAAAAUCAUGGAAGAAAGGGAGAAAACAGCAUAAGCAAAGUCAACUGACAAACUAGGAGGAAAAAAUUACAACUUAUAUCGUAGACAAGGGUAAUUGGCAUAUUUAGAGUUAAAAAUUCAAAGACCAACCCUCCCCACCCACCUCCCUGUAAAUGGGGAAAGGAUAUCCAGCCAGGCCUCCAAUAAAAGAAAGGCAAGUAACCCAUGAGUAUAUCAAAAGAUCCUCAAUGGUUUUGCUUAGUUGAAACUUAGGGAAAUCUAUUAGGUCUUGAGUUUCUGAAGAAGUACAUUUUAAAGGAGGGCUAGAAAUUAUCUGUUGGGAAUUGGCCUUGCUUAGAAUUAAAAUUCCCUAUCAUAAGAAAAAAAUGUAAAUUCCUCUUUUUCCCCCAGAAUGCAGUAGGUCAGUGAGUAUUGCGAUUAACCAGCAUCUGACGCCUGGGACAUUGAAUCUCAAGAAAUUCAUGAGAUUUUAUGCCUGUGACAUCAGUGAUACAUGGGAAAUACUGUUUAUACUAACUAUGGGUAAAAUACUGAAUUGUCUAACUUCAUUUGUAUUGUUGAGUAAUUCUGUUAACCUCUGGCCUUACAUUUUUCAUCUGGAAAGCAGGGCUGGACCAACUGGUCUCCAAAGGCAUUCUUAGUGCUAACAAUCUAAUUUUUUUUCUCGUUUCCUUUUUGUGUACACGUAAGCGUGAGGUGUGAGUUCAAGCCUAUGACAUUUAAAUAAAAUGUUCUGUCUCCAUCACUGUAAUGGCAAAGGAAUAAAAGAUUUUUUCUUUCUAAA